AUGGAUGACUUUCACCUGGAUUCUUCUCUGGAACAGAAGAUAAGCAAUGUGCAGCUAGAUGGUCUUGCUAAGAAGAAUGAGGUGAAUACUCCUUUACAUUUUAAUGUGAUCCUUCUCGGGAAAACAGGUGCUGGAAAAAGCGCCACAGGAAACACCAUACUGGGGAAGAAAGCUUUUGAAUCUAAAAGAAGUUCUAACUCUACAACUCAAGAGGUUCAGAUGGAGAGAGUGAUUUUUGAUGGAGUGACUCUGGAUGUGUACGACACUCCAGGACUCUUUGAUCCAGAAAAAAACAAUAAAGAAAUUAUACAGAUAUGUCAGCCUCUUUUCCAGUUAAACCCAUCAGUCCCCCUGGUGUUCCUGCUGGUGAUAAAGGCAGACAGGUUCACUCCAGAAGAGAAGAAAACUGUUGAGCUGAUUGAGAGAAUGGUACCAGACUGGCUCCUUCAGAACACCUGGAUCCUCUUCACCAGAGGAGAUGAGCUGGAGAGUGAUGGGGUCACUAUAGAAGAGUUCAUAGAAGAAACAGAAGAGCUGAAGAGAGUGGUACAAAGAUUUAACAACAGAAAACACGUCUUCAACAACGGAAAACACAAUCCUGAUCAAGUGACACAACUGAUGGAGAACAUUAAAAAGAGUCCACUAAAUAUGGCUCCAGAAAGGCUGCCUCUGACAACUCCAGCUCACCCAGAGAAAGAUCCUGCCGAGAGAAGAAUUGUGCUGCUGGGAAAGACUGGAGGAGGGAAGAGUGCUGCAGGAAACACCAUCCUGGGAGAGACCAGAUUCAUAUCUGAGUUCAGUUCAUCUUCUGUUACAGCUCAGUGUGAGAUGGAGGAGGCAGUGGUAGCAGGGAGGAGAGUGUGUGUGGUGGACACUCCGGGAUUAUUUGAUACAUAUAUGUCUCCUGAGGAUCUGGCUGUAGAGAUAGGCAGGAGUGUUUAUCUGUCCAGUCCAGGACCUCAUGCAUUCCUUUAUGUUCAGCCCAUUAAUAUCAGAUUCACACAGCAGGAGGAAGAGGUGGUUGAUAAAUUAGAGCAGCUAUUUGGAGAAGAGAUGAGAAAAUACACCAUCAUUCUCUUCACACACAGAGAUCAGCUAGAGGGAGAAAGUGUGGAGAAACUGAUUAGAGAAAACAAGUCUCUCAGCGGGCUGAUAGAACAGUGUGGAGGAUAUCAUGUGUUUAAUAAUCUGGAGAAGAUAGACAGAAUGGUGGAGAGGAACGGAGGGAGCUGCUACUCUAAUGAGAUGUUUGAGGAGGCAGAAAGAUGCAGAAUAGAAGAGGAUGCAAGACAACAGUGGGAGAAGGAUGCAAGACAAGAGGAAAUAGAGAGAGUAAAGAAGGAGACAGAGGAGAGAAUAAGGGAGGAAAUUGAGCGUUUAAAGGUAUGA